AUGGCCGACCUCAAGCAGGCCAACCGCGAGCCAAAUGAAGCAAUGGACAUCGUCGGCCUCCUCGAAAUCAACAAAGAUACUCGGCACAUCACCAACUCUCCACUCCUGCGCCUGCCCGCCGAACUCCGCAAGAGCAUCUUCCUGUACGCGACUACUGCGGAUGGUGGAAAGGUCUGUGUCCGCGACCCGGGCAAGGACCCCGUGGCAUUGUUCCUCCCUCAAGUCUGCCGUCAGCUUCUAGCAGAAACCGAAACGAUGUGCUACGCAAAUAACACGUUCUGCUUUCUUUUGGACGACAAACUCGCUGACAUGUCUCGAUGGGUCGCCCAACGAUCGGCUGCGCAAAAGCUCGCCAUCCGUCAGCUGGAGGAAACCAUGUAUUCUUCCGAUAUCCUCCCAACUCCUCAAAAUGAGAAAUUGGGCAUUUCAAGAUUCGAUAAAUCCAUGACGGAGGAAAUGAGGGAGCUCUGUCCGAAUAUCGAGGCGGUGCAUGUCAAGUUAGUUUCCGAGAUCUGGCCAUACACAGGAUGGUAG